AAGCAGCCCGCCUCCCUGCGCUGCUCCCCCCGCCUCCUGCGCUCCGCUCCGCGUGCGGCCACUGACUGCUGCGGUCUCGCGGCGUUUGGAGAUCCUGCACGCGCGCUGUACGGAUGCUGAAGCUUCGGCGCUGCUGCAAACGGCACACGGAAUCAACAUGUCCAACCCUCCGCACGACCCCUUCUACUCGUCCCCUUUCGGACCCUUUUACCGGAGACAUUCACCGUACAUGGUGCAGCCCGAGUACAGAAUCUACGAGAUGAACAAGCGACUCCAGUCCCGGACAGAGGAGAGUGACAGUCUGUGGUGGGAUGCGUUUGCUACAGAGUUCUUUGAGGAGGACGCUACAUUGACCCUCUCCUUCUGCUUGGAGGAUGGACCAAAAAGAUACACAAUCGGCCGAACCCUUAUCCCUCGUUACUUCAGCACAGUAUUUGAGGGUGGCGUUACGGAUCUUUACUACAUCCUGAAACACUCCAAAGAGUCUUUCCACAACUCCUGCAUUACUGUGGACUGCGAUCAGUGCACGAUGGUCACGCAGCACGGAAAACCCAUGUUCACUAAGGUGUGUACGGAGGGCCGGCUGAUUCUAGAGUUUGCCUUUGACGAUCUGAUGAGGAUCAAGACGUGGCACUUCAACAUCAGACAGUAUCGGGAACUAAUCCCGCGGAGCAUUCUCGCCAUGCACGCGCAAGAUCCUGGAGUCCUGGAGCAGCUCUCCAAAAACAUCACCCGUAUGGGACUGACCAACUUCACCCUCAACUACCUCAGGCUGUGUGUCAUUCUGGAGCCCAUGCAGGAGCUCAUGUCUCGGCACAAGACCUACAACCUCAGUCCCAGAGACUGUCUGAAGACCUGCCUGUUCCAGAAGUGGCAGAGAAUGGUGGCACCUCCAGCUGGACAUCCGCAGAACUUCAAAACCGAAAUAUUCCCCACAAAUCACAAAAAAGAGCCCACUCGACAGACCACGACCAAGAGAAGAAAGAGGAAGAACUCAGCCAGCAGUGCGUCUAACAGUAGCCUUGGCAACAGCGCCGGCGGCAAGAAACGCAGCCCUGCCAACAACUUCAGUCUGGCCAGCCAGGUACCUGAUGUGAUGGUGGUUGGUGAACCCACUCUAAUGGGUGGCGAGUUUGGCGAUGAAGACGAGCGUCUGAUCACAAGGCUAGAAAACACACAAUACGACGCCACCAAUGGCCUGGAUGAUGAUGACGACUUCACGAGCUCGCCGGCGCUAGCCAACAACAGUCCCUGGAACAGCAAACCACCUACAGGACAGGACAGCAAGCCGGAGAGCACUGCCUCACAGCCCUCGCAGUAGGAGACAAACACAAUGCCUCGGACCUCACUUUAUACCCUCCAACAUCUACAACCACAAAUCCAGAAUAAACUCUACUGUAAGAUGUGAUAUGUUAAUUCUGUUUUUACUAUGGGGGCUGUUGAACGCUUGAUUCUGAUUGGUUGAUGAACAAUUAUUUUUACGUAAACACUCUUGACCCAAAAAAUGAAAUUGUGUCAUCAUGUAGUACAGUAAUAAAUGAGAGCCCAUUACUGUACUUUCACCUGUUUCUUUCUUCUGUUGAACACUAAAGAAGUUAUUUUGAAGAAUGCUGGAAAACCUGACUUAUGUAGUAUUUUCCUUUCCUAUUAUGGAAGUCAAUGGUUACCAGUUUUUAGCUUUCUUCAAAAUAUCUUCUUUGGUGCCCAACAGAAAAAAGAAACUAGAAAACCCACUAGAAGGAGAGUAGAUAGUGUGUACAUUUACGUUACUAUCCCUUUAAGGCCUUUUCACACUAAGCAGGAUAAGACCAGACCACAGGAGUUCAGACCACAGUUAUAAUGAUAAAGAUGUAGAGAAACGAGAGCGUUGGGGUCACUUUGUAGAUUAAUGGCAAAGUUUAAUAUCCACUAUUAGGUAUUUUUGUUAAUUAUAUCAAGUAAGUUUGAAGCAUUCAGGCACAAUAAACAAUAGUAUUUGUUGCUUUAACAAAAAAACAAUUACAUUUUUAUAGUCAAUAAAGUGGCUGCCUAGUAUCAUUUUACAUUACAUUUUUUUUUUCAAAUAUUUUUGGCCAACUGCCAUUAAGUCUUACCAAACAAAUAUAAAACUUUUUUUCUCUUAUUUGUAAGUUUGUUUUACUGCUAGAAAUCUGGUUGAAAGUUAUUUUUAAAUAUAUUGUUUUGCAUGCAAUCCACUAUAACAUUCUGAAAUAGUGAAUUCUUCACAAAAAGAGUUGUUCAAUCCAUCUGGUGAAAUAUAUUUCAUAUUGCAACGUAUACUGCUGGAAAAAAUAUUGCAAUGUACGUUUUUUUCAAUAUCGUGCAGCCCUGGUUUCAUCUUUUCACAACUUUAUUAAAUAUACACUCUCAGAAAUAAAGGUACGAGAGCUUUCACUGGAGUGGUACCUUUUCAAAAGGUACAAAGUUGUACCUAAAAAGUCCAUAUUAUUACCUCAGAGAUACAUAUUAGUUCCUAAAAUGUACAAUAUUGUACCUCUUAAAUGUUUUAGAUGCUAAUAUAUACUUUUGAGGUAGAAAUAUAGUAAGUGCGUAAGUUAAGUUUAUUUAUAAAGCAAGUUUAACCUCAGUUUGGCACUGACUAAAGUGCUGAACAAAACCAUAGCACACAUUCUAAAACAGUAAAAUAACAAUGAAAGUAAUAAUAGGAAUAAUAGUAUUACAGCUACAAUGUACAAUAAAGAUUAAAAGCUUUUAUUUACAUCUAGGUUUUUUUUUAAAUAAUCGUUGCUGUCACUGAAUGUUCUGUUCUGUAAAAUGUUUUAAUGUAUAAAAAAUAAAGUUAAAACAAAAAGAUUAAAAGCUUAGGAAGGUAAUAUAAUAAAAAUGUGUCUUAAGUCUGGACUUAAAAAUAGAGAGAGAAGCACUCGUAAUGUUCGGUGGCAGCUGGUUCCACAAACGUGGAGCACGGACAGCAAAAGCUCCAUCUCCUUUCAGUUUAAGUUGUGACCAAGGAAUUUGCAGUAAAAAAAAAUUUGAAAACCUAAGGGACUAGGGAGUUUACUGUAGGUUAAUAAGUUCUGAUAUAUAAGAAGGUGCUUGCCCGUUCAGUGCUUUAAAAACAAUAAGUAAAAUCUUGAACUGAACUCUAAAGUUCUUGCUUAAACUGGUGAGAUAUGAGCAUGUUUUUUGGUGCCUGUUAAAAGUCUAGCUGCCGCAUUUUGAACCAAUUGCAACCGUGCCAAUGAAGAUUUAGGGAUACCAUUAUAUAACAAAUUGCAACAGUCUAGACGAGACGUGAUAAAAGCAUGUAUGACCUUUUCCAGUUCUUGAAAAGAAAGAAUGGAUUUAAGUCAAGAGAUGAUCCUCAGCUGAUAGUAACUAUUCUUAACCACUAAGCUGAUUUGUUUUUAUAGACAAAGCUCCAAAUAAAAGAUAACUCCUAGAUUUUUUACUUGAGAUUUACCAUGUGGUGUAAGACUUCCCAAGUCUGCAAUAUAAGACAUUCUUGUUUUUAUGUGGCCAAAGAGAAUAACCCAGUUUUGUCGUUAUUAAGUUGAAGGAAGUUUUUGCCUUCCAACAUUUAAUAUCCUCAAGACAAUCAAUUAAAGACUGCAGAAAGCGGUAGACCCAGAAUAGAACCCUGGGUGACACCACACAGAAGAGGGGCAGAUGUUGACAUAAAUUGAUCAACAGACACUGAAAAAGACCCGGAUUUCAGAUAUGACUGAAACCAAUGAAGUGCUGAACCCUUUAUGCCCACCCAAUGUUCCAGACAUGACAGAAGCAUGGUAUGAUCGAAUAUAUCAAAAGCAGAACUCAGAUCCAGUAAAACCAAACUGUAUUAUUGCCAGAAUCUGCAGACAGCAGUAAGUCAUUCAACACUUUUAACAGAGCUGUUUCAGUACUGUGGUGCAUAGUAAAACCUGACUGUAAAGGUUCAAGUUUAUGGGAAGAUUUUAAAAAGGCUGUAGCUGUGAUAAGACAGCUCUUUCUAGGAUUUUCGACAGAAAUGGAAGUUUAGAGAUGGGAUGGAAGUUAUGUAAGCAAUUAAUAUCGGCUCUGGGUUUUUUAAGCAAUGGCUGGACAACUGCAUGCUUUAAAAAUAGAGACCCCUUAAGUACAAAUGUGUUCCUUAUGAAAAGAAACCACCCCUGUGACAGCUCUCAAACCUAUUUUUGAGAGUGUAUGGUAAAAUUAAUAAUUAAAUUCUUUGUGAUUUUUUUUUGUUUAUUUUUUUUUAUUUGACAGUACAUUUUUUGGCACAAAAUGUUGCGUUAUGAUCCAGCUUUGCUAGCAAAGAAAGAAUUAACAUAUCACAGUUUCUUGAUUUUAUUGCAUUUUACAAGAUUACUUCUUCUUUUUUUGCAAUUGGGGUUGUAAAUCCCAUAACGAUGGCGCAUUUUGAGUAACGUUCACUGACCAAACUUUGGCAGCAAUAUUUGCUCUCUGGAUUUUAUUCCAAAUCAUCAUCCGGCUUGUGCAAGAAGUCAGACUCUUGGAGGACUGAAUUAACAGAGACUUGAAUCUGGGACAACUUUAGCCCAAUAAUCAAUGUAAAAAAAAAA